UAUAUUUAGUCGGCGUCCUUCCACGGCAAAGCAGAGAAAAUUAUUAACAAAUUGCUAUUUUCUAUAAAAUAAUGAGAUUUUCCCAUAAAAUAAACGAAAUAAUCAAAUAAAAUGGAUGUCAUAUUGCCGUUCAAAGUCAAGAACGAGAAAGAUUUCUUCGAGUGGGCCUUUAAAAUGGGCAUUGAUGAAAUGUCGGCGCACAAAUUCCUCUUUAUAAUACACAAAAGUGAUGUUGAUAUAUUCCCCAAAAUGGGAGAGGAGCGUAUCAAUAUUUUGCUAUACUAUUGGGAAAUGUGUGAAGAUUACAAGCUGAAAAUGAAGGAUGAUGAAUAUGAGUUGCCGGAAGAGUUGGAGUCUAUUGUAAAGAUACUGGUUGCCUGGAGUUUGGAUAUUUGGUUUAGUAAAGAGUGGGAUCGCUGCAAGCUAUUGUAUAAGCAUGCUCUGAUACAUUGCCUGAAUCGGGCGCGCACGUUAUUUGCCCGUAUGCCGGAUAUGUUGCAAAUUAAUUGGGAUUUUUUGCUCUUGUUCAACACAACACCCUGGCAGGUUACUUAUUUGAAAGCGCUGAACGUAAAAAAAGAGAAAACACUGGAGGAUGGUGCUUUGACUAUUGAAAAGGAGGAACAAAUGGCAACAGAUGAAGAUAUGGCAUAUCUUAAAAUGGAACAAUUGCCAUUAAUUGUAUUGCGACUAGUUAAACUUUUUGAUCAGAGCUCCAUUGAUAUGGUUAAAACGCUAUGCAUGAAAGUUAUUGCCGCUUGGAAUAAAGUCUAUUACAACGAAAUGAGUCAAACAAUUGGAUCAAGAUUACCAUAUGUUCCACCUGAAGAUAAACGCUGUUUAUUGUUCAUUUGUCACAUCUACCUUAUGGCAGUCUAUGAAGCAGACGAUAAUAAGGGAUAUGUGAUUGAUAAUAUGAUUAACAACAUACGUUUCUAUAGUCAGGGAUUACAAAAUUCAUAUGCCGUGGAAAAUAUGAAAUACACACCGGCACGCUUUAUAGCCUUAACAUGUACGCACUUGCGUGUACAAAAGAAAGAGUUUUUCGAUUUCUUCAUAUGGAAUCCAUUGGAAAUUUCACCGGUUAAUCUAUUCGGUGUCAUAGCCCAGACAUAUAAAAGCUAUCUGUUGGGAAAUAUUUUAAUGGAACUAAAUAAUAUGAACAAUGAAGAUUUCGCUUUAAACGUGGCUCUAUACAAAAGGCUUAUGAAUGCCUACAUUAAUGAACGUGAAAGAAGUGAACAGUUUAUUUUGGAUGAACUGCAGAAACAGGAGGCCCAACAUUAUGCACACAAUAUAAUUCAAACUGUUACAAAUAUGACAGAUUUUAAAAGUAAAAUAUGUAAGGGAAAUCGUAUGAGUAACAUUGGAAACUAUGAAAAUACAGAUGAACGCAUUGAUGGCAGUAUUGAAGUUCAAAAGGCUUUGAAGGAAGAAGAACAGGAUGAUUUGCGUGCAGAUCCAAUUUUUCAAAAUAUUCCCAACAAUGAGGAAAUAUUGUAUUAUGUCUAUGAGGCUUUGUCAAAGAAGACCUUCCAUGGUUGGCAUUUUGCCAAAAUUGUUUUGCUUUUCAAAAUCAUAAGUCAUGAACUGAAUAUGAUUGAAACCUGGCGCUAUCAUCCAGGAUUGACAACCAAUUUUAUGUUAAAUCUGGAAACAAAAUUGUCGCAACAUUACACAGAUAUGGCGAAAAUAUUUCUAGAUCAUCCAUUUAUUGAACAAGAAUUUUGGUUAACAGCCUUCUAUUUGAACCCGACCAAUUAUAACUAUGAAGCCAUUAAACGACUUGGCAUACGCAACAAUAGAAAACGUACCGAUGAACAAGGUAGAUGGGUAACGGGUAAAGAUAAAAUCGAGGCCAAGUAUGGACUUUUGAGUUCAACAAUUGAUGUUAAGGCCAUUAGCAGUCUGUCCAAUCAUGAUGAAGAGAAACGGGAUUAUGAACCGUUGUUUCAGGCUUUGACUUUGCUACGUUUACCAUCAUCGAUGAUAAAGGAUCUAUUGACGGUGAUAUUUUUGGCACGCAACAAAAGUUUUUCCUGGGCCGUUGAAUGGAAUGAGCUACGGCGACGCUGUAAAGCUCUAAUGUCAAAUGCUGAGGAGAAGAAACGUUUCGUCGAGCUGAAUAUGGCCGAAGCUAAUGAUCGUUUGAAAUAUUUACACAUUGAUUAUGAGAAAUAUAAAAAUAGGCCACAGUUGGACUAUGGUUCCAUUGAGCAGGGUUAUGAAAAUCUUAUCAAUGCAGCUGAUAUGGAUGAUGACACUGAGGAGAGUGAAGAAGAAGAUGACUUUGAAGACGAUGAAGAUGUCUAUGAAAAUAAACGUGGUAGAGGGAAUAAAAAAUCAACAGAAGUUAUAGAAGAUGACAAUUCCCAGGAAGAUGAUCCAUACUUAACGGGUAAAAGACGUACACGAGCCACUGCAGCUGCUGCAUUGGCCAGUUUUCUUUACAACUCUGAAUUGGGUCGAGGGAAACGUAGAAAAAAAGCCGAGGAGGAAGCGAAAAAAUUGGAAGAAGAAUCCAAGUUACAGGAAAAUGAGGAAAAAUCGAAUGAAUCCAAAUCUGUAGGCGAAUCUGAAUCUACAAAUAUUUCCUCAACGGCAGCUGUUUUAGAGGACGACAAUUCCAAAACAUCAGACAUGAUAAAAAGGAAUAUCAAAGAAUGUCUCAAAGAACGGCCGGUAUUAAUAAAUCCCACAUAUGGAUUUCAACCGCUUAUUGAUUUGUGGAAUAUGGAAAAGGCCGAUUUGGAUACAGUAGAUAGUGAAUGCGUUUCCCUAGUGGAGAGUUCAAAAGUUCUAAAUCGUUUUUCUAAACUGAAAAAUAUAACAAGAGAAUUAAACCCAUCAGAAAUGUGUGUGGAAGAUGAUGUACGGGAAAUGCAAAUGUUUACAGACUAUAGAGACAUAACUGAGGAAAUAUGUCAAACAUCUAAACCUGCCACUGCAACAUUUAAAGCCAUAUGCCUGAGGGCUAAACCAAUAGAAGAACAAGAGAAAGAUGAGAAGAAAUUUGUAAUGGAUAUUAAGAUUGAGGAUAAUCCUGUAAAACUGGAACCCAACGAGGGAAAGGUUACCAAAGGAGAGAAAGAAAAACCAGCAUUGCAACAGUCUCCGAAAGCUGCCACAGGUCCGAAAGGAGUGGAAGAAUUAACAGAAUCGAAAAAGUCUCAAAAUGUCGUCACUGGAUCACAUCAGUCUGAAGAAGCAAUAGAUAAAGCAAUAAGUAGCACAACGAAUAAAGAAAAAUAUAUAAAGGAAAAGGAACGUGUGCAAAUAGACACUGAAAUAGCGAGGCAAAAUGAAAUUUUAAAUCAAGAUUUAACAGAAAAGACUACCCGCCCUCAGGAAGAUCUUUCUUCAUUAUUAUCUAAAGCUCAAACUGAUGAACGGCGGUAUGUAAUUGAUAACAAGUCUGCAGAAAAGGAAAACAAUAUGGACAGUGAAAAAAUUUCUGAUAACGAUACCAAUGAAGAAUGUAUGGACAAAAGUGAUAAUCAACCAAUUGAAGGUUCAGAUGAAAGCAAUCCCAAACCAGUUGAAGUUAAUGAUGAAAAUUUAUGUGAAAUGCUUGAUCAAGUUAAAACUCAGGAUCCUAAUAGUUCUCAAACGAUUGUGUCACAUACUUCUUCUUCUUCCCCCUCAGCUGAGAAUUCAACAACACAACAAGGGAAACAUACUGCCACGGAAAAUGUACAAGAUCCGAGUGAACAUAUUCUAACAUCUCCUAAAAUAGAUGAAGAGAAGAUCAUCAUUAAUGAAAUCUUAUCAUCUAACACCUCUCUGGGAACAAAUAUUGUUGAGUUAUUGGAUACCAAUCAUGAACAUAUUUCAAAUACUUCUAAAAAGAACUCUGAAAAUGUUUUGAAAUCGAAGGAGCCGGAAUGUGAGAAUGAUCAAAAUAUGGAACAUAAUGAGGAACCAAAAACAAAACCAAAAAAUGAUUGUUCAUUGGAAACUAUGGGAAAGUCGAUAGAAAGUGAAACUGAAGUAAGAGGAAACCAAGAAACAAUAGAGGACAUGGAACACAUUCAACCCGUCUCAGGCAAUGAUGAGAGUAAUGAAGAAUGUAUUGCGAAACAAGAAGAACAUGAUGAAACGAGAUUUAUUGAUGAAAGUAACACAUCAUUGGAGAGUGAAAGCAAACCAGACGUCAAUUCAAAAUCCAAUAAGUUGGCUCAAAUGACAGAUAAUGACUACAUUUCAGAAUUUAAAGGAUCAUGUGAAACGCAGAACGAUGAUACAGCAGAUGAAAAGAAACGUACAUCUAACGAGUCCUUAGAAGUGUUCAACAUCAGUUCUUCAGAUAGCAAAGAUCUAGAAAAUAAUGAAAUAGCAACUCCCAUUAUACUCGAAGAAAACCUGCCCACUAAAUCUCCAAAAACGUGUACAAAGGAAGCUGAUGGCGAAACGAAAAUCACGUCUCAGAAUGAGAGCGAUAUUGUUAAAUGUUCAGAUUUUAAACUAAACAAUGACACGGAGAAAAGCUCAAACGUAAAACAAAGUAAAAAUGAGCGAGGUGCAAAAGAUGGAGCAUGUCCCGACUCAGAUAUUAUUAAAGACAGCAUUUGUGACACUACAACAAAAACAGCUGUUCACGAUUCAUUUAUGGUUAUCAAUGAUAUGCCGGAAUUAGAUGAUAACUUUAGCAAUUCAGGUUAUCUACAUGAUCCUGAUAUGCCACUUUUGGACUCACAAAUUUCGGAUGGUGAGUGUGACAAAUAUGAGAGGCCAGAGUGUUCUACAAGGCCUUGUAAAGUACUGAUACGAAAACUGAAACCAUCUGAUGUCGCCAAUUUGCGACAGCCAAAAGUCAAGGUGAAACGCAUAAGAGAUCCUGAAAUGUUCCUCAAAGAGUUUAAUGCAAAACGGAGACGUUUUCAUGCAAAAAUCUUUAUUGAGUUGGAAGAUAGCUCAGACAGUGUUAUGUCAAAUUCAAGUUCAUCCGAUGCAUAUCGUCCACCCAAAGGAUGCAAGACCAAACCAUUGCCUAGACGGCACAUUUUGCGAAAGACUCGUACAUCAGAGUCGGAAUGUGAUUCUAUUCCAUCUCAAUUUGAUGGGAAAAGACGACGCCUAAGCACAUUGAAUACCUGCUCGCAACAAUCAAAUAAUUCAAGUCGUUCCUCAUCGCGUCAGCCAUCUGUUGGUGGUGAUUUGGUUGUAACGCCGCGCAGUGCCAGCGGUUUGAAAUUACGUAUAUCACAUGCAUUGCGACAAUCUCCGGUAUUGCACACGAAAUCCAAUACAACAUCUGCCGAUGAAAUUAUACAAUUGUCCUCCAGCGAUUCGAAUACAAUGGAUUCCAUGGCAGAGGUAAUUGAAAUUCCCGAAGUUGGCGAUCCACUGUUCGAGGAGGAAAUUAUCAUAUAGCAUGGUUGGAAACAUCAUCGUUGUUAAUACACAAACCCCCCACCCUUUAGACUAAAAAUUCGCAUAGUUUUUAACCUAGACCUAUCAUAAAACUCAUUUUGUCCCACAUGCUGACUGGUCAGCUUUACUGAAGUUACAGUAUUUUCCUCAUGUCAUAAAAUGUCAUUUGUAUGCCAUCCUUUCGAUCGAGGCCCCUUUUUGUUUUCAUUUUAGAAAUUCGCUGGUACUGCACUUGUCGUCUU